ACAAGCGUCCGUUUAGUAGCGCUCCCUGCAACUCAGCAUCGUGUGUCGUGCAUCUUCUGUUUUUAUAUUUAUAAUAAUUACAGCGAUAUACAUUAUUGGGCACAAGUGUUAACUGAGAUUGGAGAUUUAUAAAAUAGCUUGUAAAGAUAAUCAGUGCAAUAGGAAAGUGCGUGUGUUGUGAUAAUAUAAGAAUUUAAGCGAAAGUUUAUCAACUGAGAUUGGCAAAAUGACGGAAAUUGGAUUCAUGAAAAAUCCAGUCUAGAGUGAGAGAAAGAAAAUAAGAGUGGACGCUGGGGGAGUGAGAUAGACAGACAUGUGUCGGUGGAUGAAUUACUACCAUUUGCUUAAUAGCUAAUAGCUUACACGAAAUUUUAUUUAGCCUAUGCGAUCUUUGCACAAUGGCUGUGUCUUUAUACAAACUUUCGUAUCUUAUUCUUAUUGGAUUAGUGGGUCUGUCGUCUGUUGUUGGCCAUGAUAUUAAAGGUUCAACGCAAUGCGAAUAUUAUAACGAAACGUCGUGUGCAGAUCCGACGAAAAACUGUCCAGAAAUAGAAAAAUGUUCGCCACCUGAACCAGACAAAAGGAAUCAUUGUUAUGUGCUAUGGCAAAUUGACGAAGUUACUAAAAAGUCUAUUGUUAAACUCAAGGGUUGUUUCUUAGACAGUAGAGAAUGUUAUGACAAACAAUGUUGCGUAGAAAAAAAUAGCGACCGUAAGGGAAAAAUGUAUUUUUGCUGUUGUGAUGGGGAUAUGUGUAAUCAAAAUUACACGUGGGAUCCUCAGCCGACUGAAGCGCCAAAAGAUCAUGAAUUAACACCAGUACCAAAUCCUGAACAACAUGUGAUAACACUUGUUGUGUCUGUAUUGGUGCCAAUGCUGUUGCUGACAGUUAUUUUGCUAUCAUUGUUUUGGUGUUACAAACAACGAAAGCUCGGAUAUUUCAAUGAGGUUCCAACACUAGAGCCACUUCCCUUGCCUCAGCCGUCGCCGAAUCUGGGUUUACGACAGAUCCACCUGGUUGAAAUAAAAGCCCGUGGUCGUUUUGGAGCAGUAUGGAAAGCUCAAUUUAAAAAUGACAUCGUUGCUGUUAAAGUAUUCCCGAUGCAAGAUAAACAGUCAUGGCAAACAGAGCAAGAAAUAUUUAAAUUAGCUCACAUGAAUCACGAGGAUAUAUUACGAUUUAUCGGCGUUGAAAAACGUGGCGACAACCUUCAAGCUGAGUUCUGGCUGAUAACAGCUUAUCAUGAAAAAGGAUCACUCUGCGACUAUUUGAAAGCUAAUGUCGUAACUUGGGCGGAAAUGUGCCGUAUUUCCGAGUCAAUGGCACGUGGAUUGAUGCAUUUGCAUGAAGAAAUUCCUGCAAACAAAGCUGAUGGGUAUAAACCCGCGGUAGCGCACCGUGACUUUAAAUCGAAAAAUGUUCUUCUCAAGUCCGACAUGAGCGCAUGCAUCGCGGACUUUGGACUCGCGUUGAUAUUUCAACCUGGAAAACCUUGUGGCGACACUCAUGGACAAGUUGGUACUCGACGAUACAUGGCGCCAGAAGUAUUAGAGGGUGCGAUAAACUUUACACGAGACUCAUUUUUACGUAUUGACAUGUACGCUUGUGGCCUAGUGCUCUGGGAAUUGGCGUCACGGUGUACGGUACAAGACGGACCCAUCGGAGAGUACAGAUUACCUUUUGAAGAAGAAGUUGGUCUCCAUCCAACUCUGGAAGACAUGCAAGAAAGCGUAGUGCUUAAAAAAGAACGUCCAUUGAUACAGGAAACAUGGCGAAAGCAUCCGGGUCUUUUGUCUAUUUGUGAUACGAUGGAAGAGUGCUGGGAUCACGACGCCGAGGCUCGAUUAUCAGCGUCUUGUGUUAUGGAAAGAAUUACUACCUUGAGUAGAAGUCUCGUUAUCAAUUCGUCGACUUUAAUUCGCGUCGACAAUACCAACGAUUCAGUCAUCACCAAGGAAUCUAAUCGGCACUUGCAUGUGUGAACCAUACAAGAGCCACGGAUACAUUAUUAAUUGUACAGUUCAUCGAGGAAGAUUUUAAAGGAUGAAAAUAGUAAGGAUAAUUAUUAAUAAUAAUUAGAGAAUUAAUCACUCAUUUUAUCAAUUAACUUUUAAUAAAAAAUUCAUUCUUUAUAUAUUAAUCAGCUAUUUUGUAAUUAAUUAAAUUUUAUAACGGACUACAUGUCUGCCCAGUAUCGUUAAUUUUUUUUAUUUUUCUAUGUUAAUUUAUAAAAAAAAAAAAAUAAUAUAUCAUAACGCAUAAUUCAUCAAAAAAUACUUUAGGUUUUUAUUUAUUAAUUGUUAACUUUUAUUUUAGAUACUGGGCUCUGACAGUGCCAAAUAUUAAUUAAUGCUAAAUAUUUUAUAUGUUUAUUUAAUUAAAAA